GAUAAUUUGAGAACCCACCCCGGGAAUAUUUGGGUUACGCCGGAGUUACAAGCGAUGCCAAGAUUCGGGACUUGAACGUCGGCUUCUCUACUCGGAAGGAGCGCAUGAUUAGACAUCUCUGUUGCAGGACAUUGUCAAAGCAAUGCAAAACCUACAGCUGGGUUCGUUUUUCGCUUUGUGGAUUCUCAACCCAUGUUGCCCUUGCAACCGAAGAACUCAUGGUCUGCGCCAUGCCACCGCCCUUGGAGUUCGGUUCUCAUGCUUACGCCGGUAUGCUCCAGAAUUGCAUCAGAAAUGGCGACCCCACAAAUGGAAAAGCCCUCCACUGUGACAUCUUGAAGAGAGGUGAUUGUUUGGACAUAUUUGCAUCAAAUGUGCUCCUCAACAUGUAUGUCAAAUCGGACCUCUUGUCGGAUGCACGCCAACUGUUCGACGCAAUGGCUGAAAGAAAUACCAUUUCGUAUGUUACGCUGAUUCAGGGGCUUGCCCAGUCUUUGCGGUUUGUGGAGGCUGUUGAGUUGUUUGUCCGAUUGCAUAGAGAAGGUCACGAGAUGAACCCAUUUGUAUUCACUACCAUUCUGAAGUUGCUUGCGAGUAUGGAGUGGGCAGAGUUGGGUGGCAGCGUGCAUGCCUUUAUAUAUAAACUUGGGCACGGCUCGAAUGAGUUUGUAGGAACCGCUCUUAUUGACGCCUAUUCAGUUUGUGGCCUUGUUGUGGCUGCUAGAGAAGUAUUCGAUGCAAUUGCUUACAAGGACAUGGUUUCUUGGACUGGGAUGGUGGCAUGCUUUGCUGAAAAUGAAUUUUUUGAAGAAGCAUUGGAAUUAUUUGGUCUGAUGAGGAUGGUGGGGUUGAAGCCGAACAAUUUUACCCUCGUGAGUGUGUUUAAAGCCUGCCUCGGCCUAGAGGCCGCUGAGGUGGGUAGGAGUGUUCAUGCAUGUGCUUUAAAAAUGCGUUAUGAGAUGGAUCCCUAUGUAGGCGCCUCUCUGCUUGACUUGUACACUAAAUCUGGACAUAUUGGGGAUGCUCAGCUAGUAUUCGAAGAGAUUCCUAAGAAUGAUGUUAUUCCUUGGAGUUUUAUGAUUGCCAGAUACGCUCAGACUGACCACAGCAUGGAGGCCAUUGAACUGUUUUGUCGAAUGAGGCAAACUUUGGUUAUUCCUAACCAGUUUACUUUUUCUAGCGUGUUGCAAGCAUGCGCAUCCAUGGUGGCCUUCGACUUGGGGAAGCAAGUCCAUUGUCACGUACUGAAGGUUGGUCUUGAUUCGGAUGUAUUCGCUUCCAAUGCUCUGAUGGACGUCUAUGCCAAAUGUGGAAAGAUGGAGGAUUCACUGCAACUAUUUUUGGAGUCGAAAAACAGAAAUGUUGUAACUUGGAACACUUUGAUUGUGGGCUAUGUACAAUUAGGAGAGGGAGAAAAGGCAUUUGAUCUGUUUCAACAUAUGCUCGAACACCAAGUGGGAGCAACUGAGGUAACGUAUUCUAGUGUUCUUCGUGCUUCUGCUGGCUUAGCAGCCUUGGAUCCGGGUACUCAAAUUCAUUCGCAGACUAUUAAGACCAACUAUGACAAAGAUGUAGCCGUUGGCAAUGCUUUGAUCGACAUGUACGCCAAGUGUGGUAGCAUUAAGGAUGCCUCUGCUGUUUUUGGCACGAUGAGCAAGCGGGACGUAGUAUCAUGGAAUGCCAUGAUAUCAGGAUACUCCAUGAAUGGUCUGGGCGGCGAGGCUCUGGGCAUUUUUGAGGAGAUGCAAAAAUCUGAAAUUGAACCCAACAAGUUGACAUUCGUUGGCGUCCUUUCAGCCUGUAGCAACACGGGAUUGUUAGACAAAGGUCAAGAUUACUUCAUUUCCAUGGUGGGCGACUACGGCAUUGAACCCUGUGUCGAACACUAUACUUGUAUGGUAGGACUUCUGGGGCGAUUGGGUCAUCUUGACAGGGCUGCUAAGCUGAUCGAGGAAAUGCCCUUUGAGCCAAGCGUCAUGGUUUGGCGCGCUUUGCUCGGGGCUUGUGUUAUUCACAAGGACAUUGAGCUCGGGAGAAUUGCAGCCACGCGAGUGCUCGAGAUGGAACCACAAGAUGACGCUGCGCAUGUUUUGCUCGCCAACAUGUAUGCGACAGCACGACGAUGGGAGAAGGUAGCUUCUGUCCGGAAAAACAUGAAGAAGAGAGGAGUAAAGAAAGAACCAGGUCUAAGCUGGAUUGAGAUCCAAGGCAUAGUCCAUUGUUUCAUCGUUGGGGAUGCUUCACACCCUGACACAAAACUAAUUUACGGCAUGCUGGAGUGGCUAAACAUGAAGACCAAGAAGGCUGGAUUUGUGGCCAAUUGCAGUGCUGUGUUGCUUGAUGUAGAGGACGAUGAAAAGGCGAGGCUCUUGUGGGUUCACAGUGAAAGAUUGGCUCUGGCUUUCGGGCUUAUUAGGACAUCGUUUGGACUCCCCAUUCGGAUCAUAAAGAACCUCCGAAUAUGUCCGGAUUGUCAUGCUGCAAUCAAGUGUAUAUCGAAGGUUGUCCAGCGAGAGAUUGUGAUAAGAGAUAUUAAUCGGUUUCAUCACUUUCGUGGCGGAGUUUGCUCCUGUGGUGAUUAUUGGUGAGUUUUUUUUUUUUUUCACCUAAGUUACUGAAUCAUUGUUCGAGAAGAGGUGAAAUACCAUCCUUCAUCAGACUGCGCCUGGCCUCCCUUUUUCCAGACUACUUAACAUCAUUGUUCUUUUCACACUCACACUCAUCAUCAUCAUCAUCAUCAUCGUAUGAAAUCUCAAGUUAUUGAAAUCAAAUUGGCGGUGUUGGGCUGACACAACCAGUUUCUUGGGGCAGCACAUGCUGUGGCCGGACCUGGCUACAGUGGAGGGACAGACCCAUCAUGGGCCACAGCCAUUCUGCACGGGCUGGGCGUUGCUGCCUUGUUUGGCCAAUUUGGGGCCAUGGGCCUUUGCGGUCUGGUCCACGGGUCAGCUGCUAUUUUUUUUUAUUAGUCUCAACUCAUUUUGUUUUAAUUUUUAUUAUAAAUAAAAAUCACAAAUUUACAAUUUUGAAUUUAUAAAAUUUAAAAUAAUAGAUUGAAAUAAUUCAAAAUACUAAAUAACACCUAAAUUUAUUUUCAUUGUCUCGAAAUGUUGACAAAGGAAAAGUAAGAAAAAAAAAAAAUAUGAACUUACAAUAUGCAAAUUAUAAUAUGUAAAAUUAUAAGCAAGAUACUAAAAUAAUCUUUAUACUGAGUAAUACAAUACAAUAGUACAUUUUUAUUGUU